ACUAGCUCGGCACUUCGCAGGCGGCAGGAGGGACCUCGGGGCUCCGCUCUGAACUUUGACUCCAGUCGGUCCCGGCCUCUCCCGGCGGCUCCCCCUGGCUCCUCGCUGCCCCCCCCCCCCCUUCCCCGGCCCCCUCUCGCUCGGCCCCGCAGGAUGCAGAUCUCACCCUUGCUGGCUGGUGGACUUUUACUCGCUCUGCUCUCCGUCAGGCUGGAGGCGAAGCCGGCGUCUCAGCUCCCACAGAAGGCCUCCCGCGGCUCGGCGGCGGCGGCAGCGGGUCCGCCCGAGGCGGCGGCGGCGGCGGAGCGGGAGAAGGAGCGGGAGAAGGAGCGCAGCGGCGGCGGCGGCGGCUCGGGCCCGCGGGAGGCGCGGGAGGCGCGGGGCGAGGCUCGGCCGCGGGCGGGCUGGGCGCGGCUGCUGCAGGACCCGCCGGGCCGCCGGCACAAGGGCCUGCACAAGAAGGGCCUGGGCAAGGGCUGCUUCGGCCUCAAGCUGGACCGCAUCGGCGCCAUGAGCGGCCUCGGCUGCUGAGGGACCCCUGGCGGGCUUUGAAUCCGUAGUCCAUUUUCUCCUACCGUGGCCAGGCACAACCAUCCCCCAGGCAACACCUAGAAAAGCAGAGACCCCCUGGAACAGACAAAAGAUGCGGCUGUGUUUUUCUUUUUGGUACGAGGAGUCAUGGCACCAGCUGUUUUGGUUUUGUUAUUUUUUAAAAAAGUGCUCUCUAUCUUAUAUAUAUUAUAUACACAAACACUCACCAAGACAAGGGACAGCGCUUUUCCAAGAGACUGAUGAAACCAGCUGUAUAACGUUGCUGUUUGUAAAUUCAUGUCAUGCAUAAAUGUAUUUAUGUUGUAAAGCUAUUUAUAUAUUGUUUAUAAAGAGAUAUUUAUAAGAAAUUAUUUAUGUAACUAAAUGAAAAGUCAAGCAUUGUAACAUUUUUUUGUCCUAAAAGUAGUUGAAAAACUUUUAAAAAAAAAAUCAUUCCAUGUGGCA